GAAUUUCCGUUCGAGUUUGUAUUUUAGGCGCCAUUUUCGAGUGAAGGACCCGGAGCCGAAACACCGGUAGGAGCGGGGAGGGGGAGAUUAUACAACCGUUUCCAGGCUUGAUCCGAGUGGACUGUCCCGCAGCGACCAUGCCCCGUCGGGGCACCCAGUCCUCCACCGCCCGGCGCAAAGAGGAAGGGCCGCAGUUGUCCCCGGACGGCGACUGCAGCGACGCGGAGCUGGACCCGCCGUCCGGCCGCUCCAGGAGCCCAGCGGCCGCGGCAGAGACUCCAAGUGAGGAACUUGAUAAUAGAAGUUUAGAAGAGAUUUUGAAAAGCAUUCCUCCUCCCCCGCCUCCAGCAAUGACCAAUGAAGCUGGAGCUCCUCGGCUUAUGAUAACUCAUAUUGUAAACCAGAACUUCAAAUCCUAUGCUGGGGAAAAAAUCCUGGGACCUUUCCAUAAGCGCUUUUCCUGUAUUAUUGGGCCAAAUGGCAGUGGCAAAUCCAAUGUUAUUGAUUCUAUGCUUUUUGUGUUUGGAUAUCGAGCACAAAAAAUAAGAUCUAAAAAACUCUCUGUAUUAAUACAUAAUUCUGAUGAACACAAGGAUAUUCAGAGUUGUACUGUAGAAGUUCAUUUUCAAAAGAUAAUUGAUAAGGAAGGAGAUGAUUAUGAAGUCAUUCCUAACAGUAACUUCUAUGUAUCCAGAACAGCCUACAGAGAUAAUACUUCUGUCUAUCACAUAAGUGGGAAGAAAACGACAUUUAAGGAUGUUGGAAAUCUUCUUCGAAGCCAUGGAAUUGACUUGGACCAUAAUAGAUUUUUAAUCUUACAGGGUGAAGUUGAACAAAUUGCUAUGAUGAAACCAAAAGGCCAGACUGAACACGACGAGGGUAUGCUUGAAUAUUUAGAAGAUAUAAUUGGUUGUGGACGGCUAAAUGAACCUAUUAAAGUCUUAUGCCGGAGAGUUGAAAUAUUAAAUGAACACAGAGGAGAGAAGUUAAACAGAGUUAAGAUGGUAGAAAAGGAAAAGGACGCCUUAGAAGGAGAGAAAAACAUAGCCAUUGAAUUUCUUACCUUGGAAAAUGAGAUAUUUAGAAAAAAGGAUCAUGUUUGUCAGUAUUAUAUUUAUGAUUUGCAGAAACGAAUUGCUGAAAUGGAAACUCAAAAGGGAAAAAUACAUGAAGAUACCAAAGAAAUUACUGAGAAAAGCAAUAUACUGUCGAAUGAAAUGAAAGCUAAAAAUAAAGAUGUAAAAGAUACAGAGAAGAAACUGAAUAAAAUUACAAAAUUUAUUGAGGAGAAUAAAGAAAAAUACAUAGAACUAGAGUUGGAAGAUGUUCAAGUUGGGGAAAAAUUACAAGGCGCUACAAUUAAAGCCAAAGAUCUGGAGAAACAACUUCAAAAAGAUAAACAAAAGGUUGAAGAAUUUAAAAGUAUACCUGCCAAGAGUAAGAAUAUCAUAACUGAGACCACAACUAGAAACAAUGCCCUUGAGAAGGAAAAAGAGAAAGAAGAAAAAAAAUUAAAAGAAGUUAUGGAUAGCCUUAAACAGGAAACACAAGAUCUUCAGAAAGAAAAAGAAAGUCGAGAGAAAGAACUUAUGGGUUUCAGCAAAUCAGUAAAUGAAGCACGUUCAAAGAUGGAGGUAGCCCAAUCAGAACUUGAUAUCUAUCUCAGUCGUCAUAACACUGCAGUGUCUCAAUUAACUAAGGCCAAGGAAGCUUUAAUUGCAGCUUCUGAGACUCUCAAAGAAAGGAAAACUGCAAUCAGAGAUAUGGAGGCAAAACUCCCUGAAAUUGAACAAGAAUUAAAGAAGAAAGAAAAAGAACUUCAGAAACUGACACAAGAAGAACUAAACUUCAAAAGUUUAGUUCAUGAUCUUUUCCAAAAACUUGAAGAGGCAAAGAGUUCCUUAGCAAUGAAUCGAAGUAGAGGGAAAGUCCUUGAUGCAAUAAUUCAAGAAAAAAAAUCUGGCAGGAUUCCAGGAAUAUUUGGAAGAUUGGGAGACUUAGGAGCCAUUGAUGAAAAAUAUGAUGUUGCUAUUUCAUCCUGUUGUCAUGCAUUAGACUACAUUGUUGUUGAUUCUAUUGAUACAGCCCAAGAAUGUGUAAAUUUCCUUAAAAGACAAAAUAUUGGAGUUGCAACUUUUAUAGGUUUAGAUAAGAUGGCCGUAUGGGCAAAAAAAAUGACCAAAAUUCAAACUCCUGAAAAUACUCCUCGGUUAUUUGAUUUAGUAAAAGUAAAAGAUGAGCAAAUUCGCCAAGCUUUUUACUUUGCUUUACGGGAUACCUUGGUAGCUGACAAUUUGGAUCAAGCCACAAGAGUAGCAUAUCAAAGAGAUAGAAGAUGGAGAGUGGUAACUUUACAGGGACAGAUCAUAGAACAGUCAGGUACAAUGACUGGUGGUGGAAGCAAAGUAAUGAAAGGAAGAAUGGGUUCAUCAGUAUUGGUUGAAGUCUCUGAAGAGGAGGUAAAUAAAAUGGGGUUACAGUUUGAAAAAGACUCUAAAAAAUCACUGCAAAUCGAAGAACAAAAAGUACAUCUUGAAGAAGCAGUAGUUAAGUUACGGCAUAGUGAACGAGAAAUGAGGAAUACACUAGAAAAGUUUACUGCGAGCAUUCAGCGUUUAACAGAGCAAGAAGAAUAUUUGAAUGUCCAAGUUAAGGAACUUGAAGCUAAUGUACUUGCUACAGCUCCUGACAAAAAAAAACAGAAGUUGCUGGAAGAAAAUGUUAGUGCUUUCAAAACAGAAUAUGAUGAUGUGGCUGAGAAAGCUGGUAAAGUAGAAGCUGAGGUUAAACGCUUACAUAACAUAAUUAUAGAAAUCAAUAACCAUAAACUCAAGGCCCAACAAGAUAAACUUGAUAAAAUAAAUAAGCAAUUAGAUGAAUGUGCUUCUGCUAUCACUAAAGCUCAAGUAGCAAUCAAGACUGCUGACAGAAGUAUGCUUAAAAGCACAUUGUCAAUCAAAAAAUCCUUACCAGAGGUCCAGAAAAAACAUCGUGAUCUACUUCAAGAACUAAAAGUUAUUCAAGAAAAUGAACAUGCACUUCAAAAAGACGCACUUAGUAUUAAGUUAAAACUUGAACAAAUUGAUAGCCACAUUGCUGAACAUAAUUCUAAAAUAAAAUAUUGGCAAAAAGAGAUUUCCAAAAUAUCCUUGCAUCCAAUAGGAGAUAAUCCUGUUGAAGAUAUUUCAGUUCUAAGCCCAGAGGAUCUUGAAGCAAUCAAGAAUCCAGAUUCUAUAACCAAUCAAAUUGCACUUUUGGAAGCCCAGUGUCAUGAAAUGAAACCAAAUCUUGGUGCCAUUGCAGAGUAUAAAAAGAAGGAAGAAUUAUAUUUGCAACGAGUAGCAGAAUUGGACAAAAUUACUAAUCAGAGAGAUAAUUUUAGACAGGCAUAUGAAGAUCUUCGGAAACAAAGGCUUAAUGAAUUUAUGGCAGGUUUUUAUGUAAUAACAAAUAAAUUAAAGGAAAAUUACCAAAUGCUUACCUUGGGUGGAGAUGCUGAACUGGAGCUUGUAGACAGUUUGGACCCUUUCUCUGAAGGAAUCAUGUUCAGUGUUCGACCACCAAAGAAAAGUUGGAAGAAGAUCUUUAACCUUUCAGGAGGAGAGAAAACACUUAGUUCAUUGGCUUUAGUAUUUGCUCUUCAUCACUACAAACCCACUCCCCUUUACUUCAUGGAUGAGAUUGAUGCUGCCCUUGAUUUUAAAAAUGUGUCCAUUGUUGCAUUUUAUAUAUAUGAACAAACAAAAAAUGCCCAGUUCAUAAUAAUUUCUCUUCGAAAUAAUAUGUUUGAAAUUUCAGAUAGACUUAUUGGAAUUUACAAGACAUACAAUAUAACAAAAAGUGUUGCAGUAAACCCGAAGGAAAUUGCAUCUAAAGGACUUUGUUAAGCUUUUUUAUACAGAAGACUCUUCAAAUUGAGUUGAUGUAGAUGCAGCUUAUUGUAUUACCGAUUUCUCUAUUUGUAAGCAAUGGACUUGUAUAAAAUACAUACUCCUAAACUGGAUCAGAAAACUAUUUUAUGCUAUUAAGAGUGUUUUUAUAAAAUCUAAUAAAGUAUUCUCU